UGAUAUAAAGGCAGAAGAUAUAGAGGGAGAAGAAGAGACGUAUGUGACUGAUAUAAAGGCAGAAGAUAUAGAGGGAGAAGAUGAGACAUAUGUGACUGAUAUGAAGGCAGAAGAUACAGAGGGAGAAGAAGAGACGUAUGUGAGGGGUGAUCAGCAGUGUAAGGAGGAGGAGAUCCCUACAGAUAUCAGCACAGCAGAUGGACACACAAGCAGGAAUAUCUCAGAAGGACAUCUAAUGUUAUCCCCGGAUUGUGACAUAAAAGAUCAUGACAGUAUACAGGAAUCUCCAGGAGAUAAUCCCAUUAUCCCAAUUGUACAUCCAGCUCUAUCAGCUGAUCCCUCUGAUCCUGGGAAAUGUUCUCCUGAUCACUCUGAUAUUGGUGCAUCUGUUACAGCUCUGACAGUAGAUACAGUGUUUCCCUGUUCUAUAGAUGCCAAAUGUUUUAUACAGAACACAAAGCCUAUUAACCCACACACAGGUAAGGCAGGUGAGAGGCCACUGAUAUGUUCAGAGUGCGGGAAAUGUUUUACACAAAAUUCACAACUUGUUACACAUCAGCAAAGUCACACAGGUGAGAAGCCAUUUCCAUGUUCUGAGUGUGGGAAAUGUUUUGUAUCGAAAUCACAUCUUGUUAUACAUAACAGAAGUCACACAGGUGAGAAGCCAUUUUCUUGCUCUGAGUGUGGGAAAUGUUUUCCAUGGAAAUCACAUCUUGUUAGACAUCAGCAAAGCCACACAGGUGAGAAGCCAUUUUCUUGCUCUGAGUGCGGGAAAUGUUUUUCACGGAAAUCACAUCUUGUUAGACAUCAGCAAAGCCACACAGGUGAGAAGCCAUUUCCGUGUUCUGAGUGUGGGAAAUGUUUUUCACGGGAAUCACAUCUUGUUAGACAUCACAGAAGUCACACAGGUGAGAAACCAUUUUCUUGCUCUGAGUGUGGGAAAUGUUUUACACGGAAAUCAGAUCUUGUUAUACAUCACAGAAGUCACACAGGUGAGAAGGCAUUUCCAUGUUCUGAGUGUGGGAAAUGUUUUGCACGGAAAUUAGAUCUUGUUAUUCAUCACAGAAGUCACACAGGUGAGAAGCCAUUUCCAUGUUCUGAGUGUGGGAAAUGUUUUACACACAAAUCAGAUCUUAAUGUACAUCACAGAAGUCACACAGGUGAGAAGCCAUUUGCAUGUUCUGAGUGUGGGAAAUGUUUUGCACAUAAAUCAGAUCUUGUUAGACAUCAGCGAACUCACACAGGUGAGAGGCCAUUUUCUUGCUCUGAGUGUGGGAAAUAUUUUACAAAGAAAUCAUAUCUUGUUAGACAUCAGCGAACUCACACAGGUGAGAGGCCAUUUUCUUGCUCUGAGUGUGGGAAAUGUUUUACAUGGAAAUCCCAACUUGUUACACAUCAGCAAAGUCACACAGGUGAGAAGCCAUUUCCAUGUUCUGAGUGUGGGAAAUGUUUUGCACAGAAAUCAGAUCUUGUUAUACAUCACAGAAGUCACACAGGUGAGAAGCCAUUUUCUUGCUCUGAGUGUGGGAAAUGUUUUACAAAGAAAUCACAUCUUGUUAGACAUCAGCGAACUCACACAGGUAAGAGGCCAUUUCCAUGUUCUGAGUGUGAGAAAUGUUUUACACAGAAAUCAGAUCUUGUUAAACAUCAGAGAAGUCACACCGGUGAGAGGCCAUUUUCUUGCUCUGAGUGUGCGAAGUGUUUUAUCCAGAAAUCACAUCUUGUUAUACAUCAGAGAAGUCACACAGGUGAGAGGCCAUUUCCAUGUUCUGAGUGUGGGAAAUGUUUUAUCCAGAAAUCACAUCUUGUUAUACAUAACAGAAGUCACACAGGUGAGAACCCAUUUUCUUGCUCUGAGUGUGCGAAGUGUUUUAUCCAGAAAUCACAUCUUGUUAUACAUCAGAGAAGUCACACAGGUGAGAGGCCAUUUCCAUGUUCUGAGUGUGGGAAAUGUUUUGCACGGAAAUCACAUCUUGUUGCACGUCAGCAAAGUCACAAAGAUGAGAAGCCAUUUCCAUGUUCUGAGUGUGGGAAAUGUUUUACACGGAUAUCACAUCUUGUUACACAUCAGAGAAGUCACACAGGUGAGAAACCGUUUUCUUGCUCCGAGUGCGGGAAAUGUUUUACACAGAAAUCACAUCUUGUUAAUCAUCAGCGAAGUCACACAGGUGAGAAUACAUUUCCAUGUUCUGAGUGUGGGAAAUGUUUUACACAGAAAUCAGAUCUUAUUAAACAUCAGAAAACUCACACAGGUGAGAAGCCAUUUCCAUGUUCUGAGUGUGGGAAAUGUUUUGCACGCAAAGCAGAUCUUGUUAAACAUCAGAGAACUCACACAGGUGAGAAGCCAUUUUCUUGCUCUGAAUGCGGGAAAUGUUUUACACAGAAAUCAAAUCUUGUUAAACAUCAGCGAAGUCACACAGGUGAGAAUCCAUUUCCAUGUUCUGAGUGUGGAAAAUGUUUUGCAUACAAAUCAGAUCUUGUUAAACAUCAGAGAAGUCACACAGGUGAGAAGCCAUUUUCUUGCUCUGAGUGUGGGAAAUGUUUUACCUGGAAAUCACAACUUUAUACACAUCUUCGAAGUCACACAGGUGAGAAGCCAUUUCCAUACUCUGAGAAGUAAAUCAGCUCUUGUAGACAUCAGUCAGGUGAGAAACCAUUUUAAUCUUCUGGGGUAUACUUAUUGCCAUAUGAUGUUCUUCAAGAUUCUUAUCCUAUCUCCUAUGCUUUUUGCAAUAUACAUGCUACCGCAUGGUGAAAUAAUCAGACGUCAUGUACUCAUCUACCACUGCUAUGAAGAUGAUCUGUCUUUUGCUCAGGGUACUGAGAACCCAGUACCAAUCCUAAAUGGUUGUCUAGUUGAGCUCCAGGUGUGGGUGAUGCCAGUUGGCUGUGACUCAGUCCUGGUGAAACAGGUCUAUCAUAAGAUAGAAGCUCACCAACAAAGGGCAGGGCUACAGUUCAGCUUUGCAAACCAACCAGACUUACGCUUGGAGGUUCAGAGUUACAAAAUGCGGAUCAUGUGUGGAAUCUUGGUGUCCUGGAUUGUGGAGUGAAACUUAGACAUCACGUAUCAGCCACAAUCAGAUCCUCAUCUGAGGAACAGAGCCAGACUCCAGCACUUAUUUCCCUCAGAAGAUCUACCUACAGUCAUACAUACACUUGUAUCAUCACACAUAGACUACUGCAAUGUCCUCUACCUGGAUCUCCUAGCAAUAGAAUUGCACCGCUUGUAGCUUGUACAGAUUGCAGCAGCCAGUCUGUUACCUAACCAGCCCGUUCCUGCCACAUAACACCCAUUCUCUACUCCCUUCACCGGCUGCCUGUAAGAUGGUGACUCUAUUACAUAAUCUUACUGACUCCCAAUCCUACAUGAUCAGGAUCCAUGGUAACAGAAGCAGCUUCUGCCUCAUUACUGCCCUGCUUUCUUACUUCCAUCUGCAGAUGAAGGACUCUUACCAGCAGUACCAAGAAUCUCCAAGCAGUGCUGAGAUGUCAGAGGGGGAGACAGAGUGGUGGCACUAGUGCUGUAGUGGGGCCUGCCGAAGGCACUGUCAGUGGGUAAUAUUGUCCUCAAGCAGUGCUGAGGUGUCGGGGGGAGACACAG